CCCAGCACGAAGAAACGAAAUGAAACUGCGCGGCCAGCGCCGACAGAGGAGGGCGGAGCCGGAGGCGAUGGAGAGCACCGCCCGCGUCUUCCCGCCCCUUAAAAGGCCAGCCACGAACCGCCAAGCCGCCUAUCGUCUCAACCUCGAGCAACGCUUCGGCGCCGCUGCAACCGUCGCCGAGGGCUUCCAAGCAGACGACGCGGCCGCCCGUCAGGGAGAACCCGCGACCGGAAGAGGAUGGAGGUCAGCGACGAGGAGAGCGUCACCGGCCCCGCCCGCACGCCGGACCCGGACUCGGAGCCGGAGCAGCCGGACCCCGCCGCGGCCGCAGCGGCUGUCGCGCCGUACCCCGGGGACAUCGACGACGAGACCGCGGCCGACCUCGCCCGCCUGCUGGACUCGGACUCGGAGCAGCCGGACCCCGCGGGGCUCCGGUCGGGUAUGGCGCCGUACCUCGGGGACAUCGACCGGUACAUGCGGUCCCUGGAGGCAUCGAGGAGGCCGAGGGAUGACUACAUGCGGACAACACAGGAAGAUAUCAAUCCCAAAAUGAGGGCGUUCCUAGUGGACUGGCUGGUGUACGUGGCUUUGACAUUCAGGCUUCCUGCUGACACACUUCACCUUGCAGUUUCAUAUGUCGAUCGCUUCCUCACAGCAAAUGUCAUUAGCCAGGACAAGCUGCAAUUACUUGGUGUGACCGCAUUGAUUGUUGCUGCGAAAUAUGAAGAUGGCAUAUUUGUGCAUGAGGUUCGAAGAUACAGGAACGUUGCUGCCAACACGUACACCAGGCAGCAGGUGGUGAAGAUGGAGUCUGACAUACUGAAAUCUCUUAACUUUGAGAUGGGGAGUCCCACUGCAAGAACUUUUCUACGGAGAUACAUAACUGUUUGCCGCGGACGUGAUCGUGCAAAAGCGAAGAGGCUGGAGUUUCUGUGCAGCUACCUUGCAGAAUUGAGCUUGCUGGACUAUGACUGCAUAAAGUUCAAUCCAUCAGUUGUUGCUGCUGCCUGCCUUUUUUUGGCCAGGUUCACAAUCAGCCCAACUGCCCGUCCUUGGAACCUGACGCUGCAAAGGAACACGAAAUACAAGGUCUCUGAUCUCAAGUCUUGCAUCUUGAUGAUACGCAAAUUGCAGUUGAAUGGAACGUAUCCGGGCCUGAAAGGAGAGGCCAUCAAAGUCAAGUAUAAUGAUCGCGAGCUUGAGGGUGUGUCGGCAAUGGCUUCACCUAAAAAUAUGCCUCCGCGUUUCCUGAAGAACAUCAGACGGUGAAAGGCCAAAGUACUCUUGCAACAUCUUUUGCAGGCGUUGCAGAAACUACAAAUUAUUUUGUUAGUAGGUAGAGAUACAGGCUUUGUUUCAGACAUUGGGGAUUUGGUGUCUGUCGGCUUCCUGCUUAUCCACGCCUGCCGGGAAUCAGUUUCCGUGUCGCAGUUCCAGUUGCAUUGAUAGGAGCGCGGCUAGCAUCAUUGAUAGGUUGACAUGAUAUGCGACUGGAGGGUUUUUGUACAGAUGAUAGAACACGAUGGUGCCACACUCUGUGAUAUUGCAUAUAAAGUUUCAGGGCAAAUCCUAACGUGUUUUGGAAUUUCA